AUGGAGGAUUUAAAACUAAGUGAAACUGAAUUGGAAACGAAACGUUGGAAGACAAAGGCGGAAAAUUAUGAAACGGCUUUGAGGCGGUCUGAAACGAGGAUCGCGUAUUUAAACAAGAAACUUGGAAUUGGCCCCCAAGGAAACGAUUCAGGAAACGAUUUCGACGACGCAGUUGCCAAAGAGAAUACCAGGUUAAAAGAAGCGUUGGAACAUAUCGUACCGACAGAAUUGGGCGGUAAAGAUGUUGUCAUU